UGAAUCUACUGACAACAGCUACACUAAAUCGACAUGGCUCGUAUUACACGGCGGCGAUUGCGCUGCUUCUAUUGCGGUGAAUAUACCCGCAACGAAAAAUCUGGCUUUCCACAAUCGUGGUUUUGUAAGCAAUGCGAAGCCGUGAAUUAUCUAGACGAAAAGGGAGAUAUCGCAGACCCUCCUACAGAAACAACUACGAACGCUCCUCCAGCCUCUUACGGACAUGCGCGGCCAGCUUCGCCCUCCAUCAUGCCCGCUGAAUCGCCCUUCUGCGACACCUGCCAACGACAUCAGAUACUUAUAAACAAGGCGCUCGCAGACUACAUACCUGAUGAGAGUGAUCCUAGCUACGAACAGCAUGUAGCUACUGCCGAUAGCUAUCGCGCGGAGCUUGAAACCCGAUACCCUCAAGUCUGCGACAACUGCAUAGGCCGUGUCCAUGACCAGAUGCGCGCUGCAGGAUACGCUGCCAAAGCGGACCACUUCCGGCGUAUUCUUGAGACAUCAAAGAAGUCCAAGCUGGAGUACUCUACACCGAGACAAAUUUGGACUCUCCGGGCGAUCUCGUUAGCGAAAUGGGUGUAUGUGGGAAGCAUUGUCACGGGCAUCUUUUGGCAUCUUCUACAAUAUUUUGCCAUACCCGGGGUGCAAGAAGAAAUCUCAUGGCACGAAUGUCUUCUUCAAUUCCGGUCUAAUAUGAGAUAUGAUCGAGAAUGCUUGAGAUCAGCAACUAUAUCGCGUUUGACGAUUUGGGCGGUCGUUGGGGAUGUCCUCACAAUAUGGUGGAACCCCAAACUCGCAGAGAAGACAAACAGGAGUGGAGGGCGUAUGCGAGGUCUGGUGCUUCUUUGGCUUGUACGAAGCAUCAUCAUUGCACUCCGGACUGCUAGUCUGUUCCAAGUCGAUGAACAUAUGAAGAAUGCAACUAAUCAUCAUCUUUUUACGUAUGGGCAUUUGGGUAUUGUUGUGGUACUACUGCUUUCGGUCCUUGUAUCUUGGAAAGCUGUUUGGAUCGAAUAUCAGUCUACGAGGUCUUUCAUGCAAGACAUAACUCCACAUCUUCCAAGCGCGCAGGCGGCGCUAUCUCACAAGAAUAGUCCCAUUGGUACCACUUCCGUGCGGCCGAAUGCUACAACAUAUGACACAAUGGCACAUUCGUUCGCCACUUCUUUGGUUGGACCCGAGGAUGAUCAACAAAUUGACUACCCGCCAUCACCCACCAUGACCGAAGCGUCAAUAUCCACUCGUGCCACAGAACAAAGCACGCCAUGGCCUCGUCGACGACCAAGCACACACUUGGACGCUGUCGAAGACGAGGAUGCCAUGGACUGGACGCCCACGACUCGGAGGUUUGGACGUGAGCAGGACAUUGAACCGAUCGCCUGGUCCCAUGCCACCUCCUCGUCAGUACAACCUCGCCAGGAACCACAACCACACUCCAUAUUCGCCCAACGGGAUCCAAAUCCAUUCUCUCAGCGGGUACCCUCCUUCCCUAAGAACCCAACCAGGGAGAAGCUCGACCCGUGGAAGCCGGGCGUUUGGGCGCCUGCACUUCCCGAAAACAAGAGGAACUUCUUCCAGGACAUGAUGAAGAAAGGGGAAAGCCCGGAGUCCCAGAGGAAGAUCGUAGAGGGCGUUCCAAAGGUUGUGAAGAGAGACGAAGAGCUGUUUCAGAAGCCACAGCUCAAAUACGACUAUCAGGGUUAUGCUGGAUAUAAGACGACAGGCUUGGAGGACACAUUCAAUGGGCUCUUUUCGAAGUGAGCGUACGACGCUUUUUUUUGGGUACACGCAUGAGAGGGUCGAAGCAUACAUGGAGUUGUCGGAUUCAGAUUAGAUACCCUUUCUUUAGAUUGACGGCAUGGUCAUUGUUACGGAAUGGAGGAGCACGCAUCUCGAAUGGACUAUGUAAAAUAUGGCAGCUGGACUGCCACGUAAAUGAAACCA